AGCGGGUUCCACCGUCUCACCGGGAGGGUGUGGGUGGGUAGCAAGGACCCAGGGGACCUGCAUCCAUAAGCUCCACCCACUGAGGGAAUUCACUCAGUUAUUUAUCUACGCCUAUGAUUUUCACAUCAUGAGACAGGAUUCUAUUGAGGGUGUGUCACUCUCGCUGAGAGGUGUACAAGCAGGUUGAGCAGGUUGUGUGCUGCGUGAUUCCUCCUUCCUCUCGCUGGGUGACUGCUGAACCAUUCAGGGUGAUCACUCAGUCAAAGAUAUUUGUUCCUCCACACCUGUUGUCCUCUGAGAGAGACUGAGAUUAAGGGGAGACCGAAAGGAAGAAAUGGAGUGGCAUUUUAUUUUCGUAAUGCACCUGCUGCUGUUUGUUCACACUUUUUACUCCGUCUCAGCCCAAAAAACAACAAAUUCUCCAAAGCACACAUUUGAUGAAAGCUGGCUGCGUCAGCAAAACUUUGUUUCUGAAGAGGAGGGAGAAAAUGGGCAGGAAGGUGAAAUGAUUGGUAUGGAAACAAGUAAUAAUUUCACUACCCUAGUACAUCAGGAAGAUAACAACCUGGACAAUCAAGAAGUUCAGAUGGAAAAUAUAACAUCAGAUCCUCUGGAUGUUGCGAUAACUACCGAGCCUCUCGCAUCCCCAAAUCAUACAACAGAGAAAUCUCAACUGUCUGAUGAGACAACCAACAUCACCAACCCAGAAUCAAAACAAAGCAACAUCACCAAAAAUGAGGAAGAGUUUAAUAACUCCACCAUGCCCCCUGCACUGCCAGAUGCUGAUCUAUUUGAUCAAAACGUGACCAUAUCUCCCGAUUUCUCCAAUCACAACGCUGUAGACAACACCACCACGUUGGCACCAGAGAGCCGUGAUUCGGAUGAAAACACAACAUUGACGGCAACAACGACAACAACAACAAAUAGUACAACAACAACAAAUACAACAAUAUCAAACUCAAUGGAUGAAAUUGAGUCAACCAAUAGUACCGAAUCGAACAACGCAACUGCAAUAACCACAGCAGCACCAGAGAUGAACCAAACAUCUGCAACAUCUUUAUCGUCAACUGUGUUGUCUUCCGAAGCCUCCAGUGUGGCAACCGUAGCUCCUACAACACCUGAAGGCAACUUAACAGAUAAACAGGUCUCUUCAGGGAGCAGCUCGGACAGAGGUUUGUCAUCCGAGACCAGCAGCAACAAGCGGAAUGAAGCGUGGGGGGCUGUAUUAGCAACAGCCGUGGUUGUUUCCGUUGUGGGCCUGGUGGCAUACAUCAUCUUGAAAAGAAAACACCUGAAAGGUUUCUCGCACAGGAAACUGGUUGAGGAGUUCCCCUCUGAUCCAGUUCUCCGAUUGGACAACAGCGAACCUUUGGACCUGAACUUUGGUCGUUCUGCUUAUUACAACCCGGGACUACGAGGAGACGAGAUUCAAUUGGAGAACAUUCCGGGGCGCCAGACAAAGUAGAAAAAGACAUGGACCUCUCAACCUUGGGGAAAAAGUUUGACAGGAAGUUUGGUCAACUGGCAAAAUCACUUUUAGUUGGACUCAUUUGUAGGUCAACUCUAUGUUACCAUCAACUUUACUUGAGUUGUAAAGUCAAUAUUUUCACGAGCCCAAAUAUAUUUUGCAUCUAUACCUGUUGCCAAAGAUAACAUAAACAAAACCACAAUGCUGUUUUCUUCAGAGAUCCUAGCUUUCUCCUACAUUCCCAAAACAUGUUGUUGUCCUUAGGUGUGAUUACAAGAGGGAAAGACUAUUUCUUUAUUCAUGCCCUGAAAAUGACUGCCCGGCGUGUACCCUGCUCACACAUAAUUAAAAUGGAGGAAUGGCCAACAAAUGUUAGUACUCUAUUUGAGUCUGAAAAUUACAAGUACAGCAUAGGAAAGUGUCACAUUGCUGUCGGUAUUACAUAGAAAAAUAAGCCAAUAUGAACAAUCAUAUAAAACGUAUUCGCUGUGACAUCGUGCAAGCAGUAGACAGUAAAAGUGAGAUGUGCCCUCAGUGAUUGGUAGAACGACGAAAAUAGACGAAAAUAAUAUUGCAAGUAGCUGUGUUAUUCACAGGGGCUAAGAUUUUAGUAUUCCACGAAGAAUUGUAUAUUUGGUUUGGUGAUAGCAGAAGCAACAUUAUCAUAUUAAAGUUUCUAAGUCCUAGACCUCUACGUGUCCAAACAGAGAUUUGACUUUUUUUAUACAUGAUGAGCUCCACCUUAGAGAGUUACAUAAUUCACCUGCAGCAUACCAAGCAGAGAUUUUGAAAUGUGCAGUAGUUUAAAUGUUUUUUUUCAAUGUCAUUGUUAUUCUGCAGUUGAGUUUACUUUGACUUUGAGUGACAACCUUCAGCAAGUCCCUGUAAUCUCAAAAUAUUUUGUUAUACGUCGGGAAAAUCAUGGUUGUUUGCAAUAUUUUACAAUUAGAAAUAAACAGAUGCAAGCAUAGUGUCACAUUCUGUACAUCUUUUUUUUUUCAGCGAUAGACCUAUACUCAAUCAUUUCGGUCUGAUUAGGAUUGAUAAACACGACAUCUUAGUUUGAACACCAGACUUUAAGUAAGAGAUGUGUGCCUUUUUUUGAGGUUAAAGUCAUUCAUUGGUUAUAGGUCAGCUUUGUUCUAAUUCACCCUUGUUUUAAAAUAUGACCCCUAUCAAUCAAAGAAGCACAUUACACCACAGUAAAGGAGUGCGGCACUGUUAAAACUCAUUGUGUUUUCUCCAUUUCAUAUCAAAGAUUGAAAUUUCUGAUGCUCGUUACCCGUCUCGAUGUUCCCACUCUUAAUGAAGUUCGAUGUUCAAUUUGCACGUUUUGUCAUUUUUUUCAUCACAAACUCCUACUGUAUCUAUUGUUUUUAUUGUAACGUGCCUUUAUUUAUUUUGUAUUUCCAAAAUCUAGAAAUGUGGGUCAAAAUAAACUUUUGUUUUCCAA